AUGGCCAGACAAUGGAUCUUAACGGGACAAGAAGGCUUCGAGACCUCACUCGAAUACCAACAAGGUCUCACCAUCCCGUCACCCCAAGACCUCGGCCCGAAAGACGUGCUCGUCAAGCUCCACGCCGCCAGCCUCAACUACCGAGAACUGGUAAUUGCCGGACCGAAGGGCAUAAACGGCCCCAUCACCCCGCCCCGAGUUCCAGGCUGCGACGGCGCUGGCACAGUGGAAGCCGUGGGCAGCUCAGUCCACGAGUUUCAGAAAGGCGACCACGUGGUGACACACGUAGCGUCCCCAUUCAACUCCACGCACGGCGACGACGCACUCCCUGGGAUUGAAGCUGCCGUUGAAUGUCUGGGCCAGGGCUCCGACGGGACCCUGCGGUCUUGGGCCGUGUUCCCUGAAGCGGGUCUUGUGCGGGCGCCCAAGUCGAUUGGGUGGUUAGCUGCGGCCACGCUGCCUUGUACGUGGAUUACGGCGUGGAAUGCGCUCUUUGGACUCAAGGGGAGGGAAGUCGGUCCGGGGUCUUGGGUGCUUGUUCAGGGGACUGGUGGUGUGAGUAUUGCCGCGUUGCAGAUUGCCGUUGCUGCUGGGGCGAAGGUCGUUGCGACGACGUCGAGUGAGGAGAAGGCGGUGCGGCUUAGAGCGCUUGGUGCGGCUGGUGUAGUGAAUUACCGGACCAACGCGGAGGGAUGGGGGAAGGAAGCGAGAGGGCUGACUCCGGAUGGAAGAGGGUUUGAUUUCGUCGUCGACGUCGCUGGCAAUGAGACGUUUCCGCACUCUUUGGCUGCUAUCAGGGUGGAUGGGAUCAUCCUUGUGGUAGGGCAUGUUGGGGAUGGCGCUGCCGAGGUGGUGCCUCUGUUUGCUGCUUUUAUGCACACCUGCAUCGUGCGUGCUAUACUGGCUGGUACUCGGAACCAGGCCAAGGAGAUGGUGCGCUGGAUUGACGAGAAGGGGAUUGUGCCGGUGGUGGACGAUGUGGUCUUCGAGCUUUCAGAGGCAAAGGAUGCGUAUAGGCGGUUGAAGGAGAAGAAGCAUUUUUCAAAGGUUGUUAUUCGUAUUGACCAUUAG